AUGAAGGAGCUUCACCAAGCAGGAAAGAUCAAGUAUCUCGGCCUUUCGGAGGUCUCCUCUGAAACCCUUCGCAGAGCUCACGCUGUUCACCCGAUAGCAGCGGUGCAAAUUGAGUACAAUCCUUGGACGCUUGACAUUGAGGGUCCCUCAGGGACAAACCUGCUCGAUACCUGUAGGGAACUCGGCGUGGCUGUUGUUGCUUACUCGCCGUGGGGACGAGGCAUCUUGACCGGAAAGUACCGAUCCAAAAACGACUUUGAGCCCGGCGAUGUUCGCCUCUACCUGGAGAGAUAUCAAGAUGAGAACUUCCGGAAGAACCUGGUCCUCGUGGACAAAUUUGAAGAGGUUGCCAAACGCAAGGGUUGUACAUCAGGCCAGCUCGUCCUCGCAUGGCUCGUGACCUAA